AUGGGCGUGAGUGUGGUUGUGGUUGAGAAGUGGGAAUCAGUGGAAGUGGAAGUGGGAGUGGAAGUAGAAGUAAAAGUAGAAGUGGGAGUGGAAGUAGUAGUGGAAGUAGGAGUGAGAGUGGAAGUGGGAGUGAAAGUGGGAGUGGAAGUAGCAGUGGAAGUAGCAGUGGAAGUGGCAGGGGGAGUGGAAGUAGAAGUGGAAGUAGGAGUGGAAAUAAGUGGAAUAAGUGGAAGUAAGAGUGGAAGUGGGAGUGGAAGUAGCAGUGUAAGUGGAAGUGGGAGUGGAAGUAUAAGUAAAAGUGGAAGUGGAAAUGGGAGUGGAAGUAAGAGUGGACGUAGAAGUGGAAGUGGGAGUGGAAGUGGGAGUGGAAGUGGAAGUGGGAGUGGAAGUAGAAGUAAAAGUGGAAGUGGGAGUGGAAUUAGAAAUGGAAGUGGGAGUGGAAGUGGAAAUGGGAGUGGGAGUGAAAGUGAGAGUGGAAGUGGAAGUGGACGUGGGAGUGGAAGUGAAAGUGGAAGUGGAAGUGGGAGUGGAAGUGGAAGUGGAAGUGGGAGUGGAAGUGGAAAUGGGAGUGGAUGUAAGAGUGGAAGUGGAAAUGGGAGUGGAUGUAAGAGAGAAGUGGAAGUGGGAAUGGAAGUAGGAGUGGAAGUAGGAGUGAGAGUGGAAGUGGGAGUGGAAGUGGGAGUGGAAGUGGGAGUGGAAGUGGGAGUGGAAGUGGGAGUGGAAGUCGGAGUGGAAGUAGGAGUGGAAGUGGGAGUGGAAGUGGGAGUGGAAGUGGGAGUGGAAGGGGGAGUGGAAGUGGGAGUGGAAGUAGCAGUGGAAGUAGCAGUGGAAGUAGAAGUAAAAGUGGAAGUGGGAGUGGAAGUGGAAAUCGGAAUACGAAUGGUAGUGGAAGUGGCCGUAAAAAUUCAUGUGGGGGUGGACAAGAGAGUAAAAGUGAGAGGGGUGUGA